CUAACACCUUCAAGAACACAUCUAUCACACCUCUAAUAAAUUACGAAUAACAUCUUUAUCCUAAGUGUUACGUUACUUCUCUUCCUAAUAUUCUGCUUAUUUUUCUUCCAUGUCAUAACAAAAAUGAAAUUCUGUACGCUUACUUUAAUUAAUACGGAGUAAUUGACAAACUAUAUACUUUCAUGAGUUUCAUCUGAAAAAAUUCAAUAACUCAAGUACUCAACAGAAGCACCUUCCAGUCUUCGACACAGGAGGAUCAUCUUUUGAAGUCUAUUGACAGCGGGCGGGCUGAGAGGGAAAAAGCAUGACUUUGUGCGCCAUAUCUAACCUGGCGGCUGAUUACGCAAACAUUUCAUUGACCCAUCUCCGAUCAAAAGCUCCAAACCCGGAGCCGCUGGCAUCCGGCUCAACCCGAAUCAGAGUUCAAGCCCACGUCACCACGCACUGAAUUGGCCACCAUUAUGGUUGACCGGUUGAGUCGCCAUAAAUUUUCUUUAAUUUUAACUACCUUUUUGCCGUUUAGUAAGUAUCGUUUACACCGCGUUCUCAGUGUCAAACCCAAUUGUUUUCCUCACAAAGGAGCCAGCUUUUUCCCCCACCAGUAUCGCCUCCUCACUUCUGCUUCAAAUAGUAGUAAGAAUAUGGAGCUUGUUAAAGAAAUAGCCAGCAGAGAGCCGGAAUGUCAGGGGAAAAUCGCCAUAAGAGAUGAUGAAAAGAGCUGCAGUUACCUUCAACUGAUCUCAUAUGCAGCCAAGAUAUGUGAUAUGUUGAGCAAUACAAAUCUGAAAAGUCAUGAUGGUGUAAAGCCGAGCUAUAAUCUUGGCGGAGCAAGAAUUGGUAUAGUAGCCAAACCAUGUGCGGAAUUUGUUGCCGCAGUACUUGGGACUUGGAUUUGCAGAGGUGUUGCAGUCCCUCUUGCUUUGAGCUACCCCGAAACUGAGCUUCUCCAUGUGAUGAAUGAUUCGGACAUCUCUACGAUUUUGAGUAGUGAAGAUCAUCGGGAGCUUAUGACCAGUGUUGCAGCUAAGACUGGUGCUCAGUUGUCUUUCCUUCCUCCACUUCCCAUUUCACAUUCACUUUCUAUCGACCAUAUAUUGUCAUCCAACACUGAGAGUGAUUGUGGAGAAGACCCAGCGUUGAUUUUGUACACUAGUGGUACGACAGGGAGACCAAAAGGCGUUGUGCACACACAUAAUACCAUCCUAGCACAGGUCCAAAUGUUAACAAAUGCAUGGGAAUACACAUCUGAUGACCAUUUCCUGCAUUGUCUACCGCUACACCACGUGCAUGGGCUUUUUAAUGCUUUAUUUGCACCACUCUAUGCUGGUUCCAAGGUUGAGUUCAUGCCGAAAUUCAGUGUGAGAGGGAUAUGGCAGAGAUGGCGUGAAUCAUAUCCACUGGAAGGGACUAAAUCUGAUGAUACCGUAACAGUGUUCACAGGAGUUCCUACCAUGUAUACACGACUUAUUCAAGGCUAUGAAGCCAUGGAUUCAAAACUACAAACUGCUUCGGCUUCAGCAGCAAGACACUUGCGUCUUAUGAUGUGUGGCUCCUCUGCACUUCCUAUUCCUGUCAUGCAACAAUGGGAAACUAUCACAGGCCACUGCCUAUUGGAACGAUAUGGCAUGACUGAGUUUGUGAUGGCAAUUUCUAAUCCUAUAAGAGGAAAGCGCAAAGGGGGUACUGUUGGUAUGCCAUUUGCACGUGUGGAGGCUAAGAUCCUCUCAGAUGAUGAUAGUUCAGGCGUAGGCGAGCUCUGCAUCAAAAGCCCUUCUUUGUUUAAAGGCUACUGGAAACUUCCUGAGGUAACCAAAGAGUCAUUUACUAAUGAUGGGUUUUUCAAGACCGGAGAUGCUGCUAAGGUGGAUGAAGAUGGAUACUAUGUCAUUUUGGGACGUACCAAUGCUGAUAUCAUGAAGGUGGGUGGAUACAAGUUAUCUGCACUUGAAAUUGAAGCAGUUCUUCUGGAGCAUCCGGCAAUAUCUGAGUGUUGUGUGUUGGGCUUACCUGACAAGGACUAUGGGGAAGUUGUGUGUGCGAUAGUGGUUCUGGACUCAAAUCUCAAACAGAAAUGUGAGGUAGAAUCGAAGACUGCUCUUAGUUUGCAAGAACUUCGUGAUUGGGCUAAGGAGAAACUUGCCCCCUACAAGAUACCGUCUCUUCUUCAUGUAUGGGAUUCCCUACCUCGCAAUGCCAUGGGAAAGGUGAACAAGAAGGAACUGAAGAGAACUUUGAGUAAUGUUGAAAAAUGAAAUCAUUGCAUUUGAGAUGAUCAACCAAAUGUGCUGAAAAAUCAACAAAGAUGGGGUCUUGCUAACCAAUGCUUUGAGGCAUUGGCUUAGUACCUAAUUAAAGAAAGAUUGAUUUUUUUAUUUACAUAUUUUGAUGCAUUUGUCUUGUAUUUUUAUUUGUAAAAUGGAAACCACUUGAUUUCUUAAAUGCCUAAUUGUUCACCCAUUUGUACUUGGCUACUUGCCUUUGAAUAAUACCAAGAAAUGAGGAAUGAGUACUCUUUGAUCCAAGCGCUACUUCUCAAAGAACAAAAAUGCUAGAAGGCUUGUAUUGCUUAAAUUAUACUCCCUCCGUUGUAUAGAACUUUGCCAAUGUUGACUUGCACGUAGAUUAAUAAAGUAAAAAUAGUGUGAUU